AGGCAGGCAGGCAGGCAGACAGACAUGCGAUGAGAUCCUGCAUGUUAUCGUCUUGAGGUGGAGCUGUUUUCUAUAUCAGUAAUCUCUAAGUCGAGCGCACUCACUUCUGUCGUACCCUGAACUGAAUCCUUUCUCUCUCUGCAUGUGCCACAGCAUCAAAAUCAUUGUUUUCAGCGAAGAGAGUGCGGCUCUGAUGUUCCUUUACGGACUACUCAGAAGCAACAGGACGAUGCCACUUUAUAGAAACAAGACACAAAGAGCUUCUGGAGAAGAACUUCAGGGUGAAGCAGAGAAGCCGAUGACGCGAGGAGACACUUGAAUAUGAUACAUUUGUCUGAAAAGCCCCAUGGAGAGCGAUGGUGCUGAAAGGAACAGCUCCGGCGUGGGUGUGCGCGCGCUCACCGGCUGCGCUCUCUGCGCGCUCAUCCUCUCCACACUGCUGGGCAACACGCUCGUGUGCGCCGCCGUCAUCAAAUUCAGACAUCUCCGAUCCAAAGUCACCAAUUUUUUCGUCAUAUCCCUAGCAGUAUCUGAUCUGUUCGUGGCUGUCCUGGUCAUGCCGUGGAAGGCUGUCUCCGAGGUGGCCGGCUGCUGGCUCUUCGGCGGCUUCUGUGACACUUGGAUAGCUUUUGACAUCAUGUGUUCAACGGCGUCAAUCCUCAACCUGUGCAUCAUCAGUUUGGACAGAUACUGGGCCAUCUCAAGCCCCUUUCGCUACGAGCGUAAAAUGACCCAGAGGAUGGCCUUUAUAAUGAUCGGCAUGGCGUGGACACUUUCCGUCCUGAUCUCUUUCAUUCCGGUCAAACUUAACUGGCACAGAGCUGUGGAUCACAACCUCACCGUCCCAUCCGAGGACUGCACCGCCUCUUUAAACAGGACGUAUGCCAUCGCGUCCUCGCUCAUAAGCUUUUACAUCCCUGUUAUAAUCAUGAUAGGAACAUAUACGCGGAUCUACCGGAUCGCGCAAACGCAGAUUAGGAGGAUCUCCAUUUUGGAGCGCGCGGCCGGACACGCGCAGAGCCAGCAGGACUGCGCGAGCGAGCAGUCGCUGAAGAGCACGUUUAAGAAAGAAACGAAGGUGUUGAAAACGCUUUCCAUCAUCAUGGGUGUGUUUGUGUUUUGCUGGCUGCCCUUUUUCGUCCUCAACUGCAUCGUGCCGUUCUGCGACACUCUUGGAGACUCUCCGUGCGUGAGCAGCACCACCUUCAACAUCUUCGUGUGGUUCGGAUGGGCCAAUUCAUCGCUCAACCCGGUGAUCUACGCGUUCAACGCGGAUUUCCGCAAAGCCUUCAGUACUAUUCUCGGCUGCAACCGACUCUGCGCGUCUUCCACGGUGGAGACGGUGAACUUCACCAACGAGCUCGUGUCCUACCAUCACGACACCACUCUGAUGCACAAGGACGCGCAGGGAGUUUCCAGUCCGCGCCUGGAUUUGGUCCCGGGACACUGCGAUCAGACGGACGUGCCUUUCGAUAAGGUAUCGGUCGUGUCCAAUUCGUCUCGUGUCCAAAGAAGCGCGCUGCUGCCGCAGGACGCAGAGAUGGAGAUCUGCCUGGACAUGAUGCCCUUCACCUCUGCUGGACUCAGCGACUGCUGUGCGAUUCCGGGACAGAUUGAGGAGUGUUGAGGAGUCUGACCUCAUUUUAUUCACACGAACCUAUUUGUAGCAUCAGAUUAAUCACACUGAAAGAAAAAAAGUCAUUGGAUUUACUACAUUUUUUUUAUUUAGUUGCAUACAACAUAGGCGGAAUUUAAACAAAGAUUUUUAAACAAUAUUUUUAUUGAGAUGUAUUGAAAAUAUGACAAUA